AUCACAGCAGACGCAGAAGAAGAAGCGAUUAGCUUUUUUUUUGUAUUAGCCUUUAGCUUGCCAGACAAACGUAGUAAAUUCAUCCAAUGUCCGGCUAGCAUUGGUGCUGCUGUCGGAGGAAAAUCAUAUGCUGCGAAAGAGAGACACAGUUCCUGACAGAGACCGAGCCCGACUGUCGACAACAUGGAGAAACGGCUGCAUUUAAACCUGCUAGCCUCCAGACCUCCUAUGGCAGGUGGUUUUCAGUCCAGCUCCAAAAUGAAAAUGGGACCUGGACGGAAGAGAGAUUUCACUCCCCUGCCCUGGAGUCAUUACUUUGAGACCAUGGAGGAUGUUGAGGUGGAAAAUGAAAAUGGCAAAGAUAUUUUCAGACUUUACUGCAGUGGUUCCCAUGGUCCUGUGCUGCUCCUGCUCCAUGGAGGAGGUCACUCUGCUCUGUCUUGGGCAGUGUUUACUGCUGUCAUAUACAGCAGGAUCAACUGCAGGGUGGUGGCCAUGGACCUUCGAGCUCAUGGUGACAGUAAGGUGAAAAAUCCUGAAGAUCUCUCUGCAGACACAAUGGCCAAGGACAUUGGCAAAGUGGUGGAGGCGCUCUACGGAGACAACCCGCCACCAAUCAUGAUUAUUGGACACAGUAUGGGUGGAGCUAUUGCAGUUCACACAGCCGCUGCCAAUCAUAUACCAUCCCUGCUCGGCCUCUGUGUCAUUGACGUUGUAGAGGGUACAGCAAUGGAUGCUUUGAACAGUAUGCAGAAUUUCCUCAGAAGUCGGCCAAAGACGUUUAAAUCUCUGGAAAAUGCCAUUGAGUGGAGUGUGAAGAGUGGCCAGAUCAGAAACAUAGAGUCAGCACGGGUGUCGAUGGGAGGCCAGGUGAAAAAAUGCGAGGAAUCCACAAGCAGUCCUGCUGUCUCCAAUAGCAUUGAAGGUAUAAUAGAAGAGGAAGAGGAGGAAGAAGUGGAAGAAGAAUCCAACAAGAAAAGAAUGAAGGAAGAUGAUCAAGAGAUAAAAAAGGAAAGCAUCUUCACCUGGCGAGUGGAGUUGUCAAAGACAGAAAAAUACUGGGAUGGCUGGUUCAGAGGCCUGUCUGCCCUCUUUCUCACCUGCCCUGUUCCAAAACUGCUCCUGCUCGCAGGAGUGGACAGGCUUGACAAAGACCUAACUAUUGGACAGAUGCAAGGGAAGUUUCAGAUGCAGGUCCUCCCUCAGUGUGGUCAUGCUGUCCAUGAGGACGCACCUGAAAAAGUAGCAGAUGCUUUAGCAACAUUUAUGGUCCGGCACAAAUUCACAGAGUUUAAAGAAGGAUAUCUGUGCUAAUUUCCAGUUUUCAACCUAAAUAUAGCCAGCAGCCAUAGAAGAAAUGUUUCAAGAUUCAUCAACAUCGACAUACAAUUUAACAGUGAAUUAAGGAAAUGUAAUAAGCAUUAUUAUUAUUAUUAUUAUUAUCAUGUUGCUUUUGUUAUGUAGAUACCUUGCCUUUCAGCUUUGCCUUAUUUUUAUUUUAAAACACUGGGAUUUGAUUGUAUUUUUCCUUAAUUGUUUACUUUUCUUUCUUUCUUU